AUGGUGCCAGUUGCAUAUGACUGCUUGCGUGAAUUAAAUUUCAAAGUGCAGCAAAAUAUUAAACUGCACAGCUGUGGGGAUAGUGCAACGUUGUUGGGGGAGUCAAGCUACAGAUUGAAAGUCACUGAGGACAUCUGGUUCAGAUGCUGUUCCUGCACCUAUGUCACCAGAGAUCAGCAUGAAAUUGUGAGCCACUUGGCUGCCCAUGGUCAACAAUCCAAGUGCCAGCAUCCUUCCAAGUCUGGCUCUAAGACCCGUGUGCUCGGCAGCACUCAAAAGCACAACAGUGAAAAGCCAUUUAAGCGCAAGCAGUGUCCCCAAGCCUUUGCUCAAAAUUCCGAUCUGCAAAGCCAUAAUAGAAUGCACACUGGUGAAAAGCCAUUUAAAUGCAAGCAGUGCCCCCAAGCCUUUGCUCAAAAUUCCCAUCUUCAAAGCCAUAAUCGAACGCACACUGGUGAAAAGCCUUUUAAGUGCAAGCAGUGCCCCCGAGCCUUUUCUCAAGAUACUGCUCUAAGAAAUCAUAAUCGAACCCACACUGGUGAAAAGCCAUUCAAGUGCAAGCAGUGCCCCCGAGCUUUUGCUCAAAAUUCCCAUCUUCAAAACCAUAAUCGAACACACACUGGUGAAAAGCCAUUUAAGUGCAAGCAGUGUUCCCAAGCCUUUGCUCAAAAUUCCCAUCUACAAAGCCAUAAUCGAAUGCACACUGGUGAAAAGCCGUUUAAGUGCAAGCACUGUUCCAAAGCCUUUGCUCGAAAUUCAUAUCUGAAAAGUCAUAAUCAAACACACACUGGUGAAAAGCCAUUUAAAUGCAAGCAGUGCCCCAAAGCCUUUGCUAGGAAUUACCAACUGCAACUCCAUACUCUAACCCACAUAGGUGAAAAGCCAUUUAAGCGCAAGCAGUGCCCUAAAACCUUUGCUCAAAAUUCCCAGCUGCAACACCAUACUCUCCUGCACACUGGCAAAAAGCCAUCUAAGUGCAAGCAGUGCCCCUAA